CAAUGACUAUCGACGUUUUCCCAGCUCUUAACGGAAUCUGAUGUAUUUUUUUUUAUCAUUGCGUUGUGGCGCGAUCGAAUUUGUUUGGAAGUCGGGAAAUCAGCUUAACAGUGUUAAAAGUUUUUUGGUUUUGGACACCGCCAGCUUUAACGAAAACCGCAAGUUUUAUCAAAGGCCAAACAAAGGAAACAAGUAAAGGACGGAAGGAUAGAAGCAGAAAGAGAGAAGUACGUUCUCCGCCCAUGCGCACGGCUGAUACAGAACCUGACCUAACGGUAAACCCAUUGUCUCGGAAAUCGAAAGUAAAACAGAGUCUGCUGGAAUAGCGUAGCGAAAUAAAACAGCCCGCUUACUGCGGGAGCCGAAUUCCGAAGUUGAAAGCCAAGAAGGCAAUAAGAAGCAGAAUAAAUUAAAGCGAAGCAAAUCGAAUAUGUUCCAAGCCCUGCCCCGUCCGUCAAGGACCACGCUCCACUGUGGAGCCACAGCCAUCGUCACAGUCAUCCUUAUGGCCUGGGUCCGACCGCUGGGCGUGCUAUUCCUGGGACUAUUGGCCUAUUGGAUCUACUGGACACGCUGUAGCUUUCGGAUUGUACCCACGGACGAGUUGCGCGGCAAGGUUAACGGCUGGCUGCAGAAGAUUAACGACUGGCGCCUUAGCAGUCCCAGCAUGUUCUGCUUGGCCAGCACCAGCUGCUUGGGCACCCUCGCGGUGAUCGGCCACCUUAUCUCCGGCUCCACGCUGGUUCUGACCAUCCUAGUCGUCUCUGCCCUUGUCUCCACCAAGUACAACUUCAAGCUGCUGAAGAUCGAACACAAGGACUUCCAAUGGACAGAGAAGCUGAACUACAACAACUUGGAGGCCGAGGCGGAGGACGAAUUUCUGCCUGACGUGAACGAGUCGAAUCUUUUUGUGCUGGAGCUAGCAAGCGAUGUGGCCACCAUUAGUUCACCCACCGAUGCGAAUGACGAGGAGGAUGACGAGCGCAGCGACGACAUACCUUCGGAGCUGCUGAUUCCGGACGUGAUACCCGAGAUCGAUGAGCACUCCACCGACGAAGAUGAUGAUCUGGCUCUUCUGGCGGCCAAAAGGCAAGAGAAACAGCAGCAGCAACCGCAUAUAGCCGGUGAGAGCGAGGAUAUGAACUUCAGAAAGGGCCAUUUCAAGCGCGACUCGUCGCUGUCCACCACGUCCUCCUCGUCCGAGGAGAGCCUGUCCAAGGGGCUGCAGUUCCCCGACCACACCUCCGUGGAUGCAAGUGGGAACACUCAGUUGCGGCAAAUAACCGCUGGACCCGAUCCCGCUGGCGAGCUUAUGGCCCUGGCCGUAAAAACCCAGGCACAGGCGCUUUUGGCAAACAGCGGGAAGCUCCUUCCCAGUCUUGUCUCUGGCCUGGUACAGUGGGGUUCAGGUGGUGCUGCCUCAGCUAAUUCCGACGGUGAUGCGACCGAUGCAAGUCGAAAUCGCGAGCAACAGCGCAUUGUCACCGCCUUAGAUUCUUCUGACGAGAGCGACUUUGAGAUACUCGAAACGGAUGACUUCAAGUAAGGAUUGGAUCGAAUCGAAGAUUGGUCCGAUUUGUCGUAUUAUAAAGCUAUUAUCUUAAUAUACAUGUGCAUACACACACAGAACACAACUUAUCGACAGAAAAAACAAGUUUAAAAAAUCAGACGUAGCAGACGGUUUGAUCGGUUAUAUUUUCCCUGGUGGAGAUCAGUUAUACAUACAUUUUGCUAUACUCUAGUGCUAUAUAUAGAUGUAUACUAAAUUAAAUGUCCAAAACUACUGUAAAAUUAAGCCAAAAAUAAAAAAAAAUAAUUUUUUUGAUGGCUUUGUACAUGUUUAUUUAUAUAACCCUAGGCUUAUUCCUAUUUUAUUUUUUAGUCCUUUUGUGCUUGUCUACUUACCACAAACAGAAAAAACAACGACCGACAGCAUGCAAAAUGUAAAUAUAUCACAGAUACACUCAUCUAUCAGGAGUGCCACAGCAAUCGCAAAGCGCUGAAUGGGGUUGAGUUUCUUAAGUGCAUCAAUACAAAUUUUACACGACUUAGCGCUAUAGUGAUUUCUAUGGCACCCAUGUAUAUGUAUGGGUUAUAUUGAUUGCUGUGAGGGAGAGAUUCUUAAUCUAAAUCCAAAUCAAAAACUGAAGGCAGCAAAUUAAAAACCAAAAAAUGACAAAAUAAGAAAUCAAACGAAAAUAUUAAGAAAUAUGGUCCAGUGCUAUCUUUAAACACCCACUCGACAUUAAACGUGCACAAAACAUAAAAAACAAAUUAAAAAAUAAUGAAAAAAUUAUGACAUCGAUUUACUAGCGAUUUUUGCCCUGGCUAUUUUAUUGUACGUUGAAGAACAUAACUGAAACAUAAAAACCAGUAACAAACUUUUAUUUGUAUUUUUGUUAUUAUUUGCACUAUGUAUUUUAAGUUAUAGUUUAAUUUGCUAAACAAAACUAAAUGUGAUUUUGUAAAAACAAAAGAAACUGAAAUAAAAAUCAAAAAGACCUCGAA